AUGUCACACAACGAGCUGCAGCGAGAUAGCCGUCCGCGCCGCGCUACCAUCGCCAGUAUCGAGGCACUGCCAUCAGAGCUCCUCUUCUACCUCUCUCGCUAUCUGGACCUGACAGGUCUGAUCGUCUUCGGCACCGCAACAAGCCAUGCGCUGCGAGCGACGUUCGCGCAAUUCGAUCGCGAGCUGCUCUUCCUCGAGCCUGCUCAUCGGCUCAACCUGGCUGAAUGGAGAGAGGCGGCGCGGCACCUUGAUUCAGUCGGAUUGGCUCCUGUGUCUUGUGUGACCAGAGACUCUUCUGUUGCCGUGACCGGGCUGGAUGGAAAGCUUAAAGGUGAAGACGCGCUGUCCGAAACCGUGCACCAGCUCACACGCGACGAGAGCCUGAUCGAUCUGCACCUCUUGCAAUCCGUGCUGGCGUUUCUGGCCGGCCAGUUCUCGCCGCGAAAACUCGGCUACGCAUCCAAAGAGCAGGUGCGGCCCAAUUACACCGCGACACCCUUCAGAGAGCAAAGCACGAGUGUCAACCAGAUCCGCUGCCUGCAUCUGACCGGCUGGCACGGCAUCGCGGGUGCGUUUUUAAUUCAGCAGCUUCGAACCCAGCCGUUGCUCAGUCAGGUCUGCACGGUUGUCAAGACGGACCGAGCGGACUCGCGGAUAUGGCAGCAAGCGGCUGCAGACGAUCGAAUGUCGGAAAAUAUGCCCUGGGAUGCCGGUCGCGGGUGGAGCGGGCAAAAGCACUACCAGGCGGCACCGGUCUGGCUGAGCCGCCUUGGGUCGACAGAGGAGCCCUACUCAUCGAGGUUGGCGUUCCGGCAGUGUACGCCGACCCAGAUCAUUGUUCAGGUGGGCAAGCGGCGGCCUCGCAGACCAGAGCAGCCGUACUUGAAAGGUGAGGGCCUGCAUAUGGGCUAUCAGGGGUACUGUAUCGAUAUGGCGUCGGAUGCGCGAGACGCGGCGAUGGGCGAUUCGGAUGUACACACAGUCAUCAGCGCUAGUAGUGCAGGGCCAGGGCCUGGACCCUCUUGUCCUGCAGGCACGACCUCGGCAGACGACACAGUCACCCACAACGAUAUCCCGGAUGGCAACGCGCGCAAGAGGCUCCAUGUCAUCUUGCAAGGUCGAGAGGUGGAAGACGGCAAUCAGAACGAAGAGAUGUUUGAACGGAGCAUGGUUUCCUGUAAUCACUGUAAGGAGCGCAUUCUGUUUUAG